ACUACGUCAGCCAUGAGAGUUUUCUUCUUGGCCGCCGCUCUGGUUCUCGCCGCCGCCGCCCCUCAGGAGCCUCGGCCAAUCGAGAUCCUCCUCGAUGAGCGCGUCCCUCCCGAGGGCGGCGCUUACUCCUUCAAGAUUGAGACCGAGAACGGUAUCAUCCAGAGCGAGGAGGGCGCCCCAGGUCUAGAGGGCCAGACCAACGUUCAGGGUGUCUUUAGGAGGAGCAGGAUCGCCUCGAAGCUCAAGGUCAAUUUCUCAGUGAGCAACUGCAACAAUGAAACCUUUUCGCGAUCCUGUGACUUAAUCCUCAAACCGUUCGCCGGUUCCUCUUGACUAGUAGUUUCUUCUCAUGUUGUUAGAUCCGUGACGGGAUUGCAUGUAGAGUCAAUAGAUGAUCACAUAAUUAU